AUGGAAGGUAUAUAUGAAUCAGAUCCUUCCCUAGUAGUAGAGCCGGAUCAUUAUUCCGGUGGAAUUCCAGUUUUUAAGCCUACAAAGAAACAAUUUCAGGAUUUCUACAAGUUUAAUAAGGCAAUUAACAAGUAUGGUAUGCAAUCAGGAAUAGUAAAGAUAAUACCACCAAAAGCAUGGUCAGACACCUUGACACUGAAUUAUACGGAAGAAGGUUUGGAAUCAAUCAAAAUCAAAAACCCAAUUGUCCAGCACAUUAAUGGCUCUGGAGUUGGGAUUUAUUCACAGCAGAAUAUUGAAAGACCGCGGACCUACAACAUAUUUCAAUGGAAGGACUUGUCGGAAAAGUCAAAUUUUCAGCCCCCAGCGCCGAAGGGUAAGCCUCGUGUACCUCCUCCAACAGUUGGUGCAGUAAAGUGUACGGGAAGUGCUAAAGAUGUAUCAAAAAUGAAUGCAAAAUCGACCAUAAACCUGCUGCAGACCAAGAACUCCUACAAUAUUGACACCAGCCAAUUCACGGUUGAUAGGUGCGAGCUGUUGGAAAAGACGUAUUGGAAGUCACUCACGUAUGCCGAACCAAUGUAUGGUGCAGAUCUGAUAGGUUCUUUAUUUUCCAACUCAGUUAAGAGUUGGAAUGUAGCACAUUUACCAAAUAUUUUGGAUUUGAUGGAUGCAAAGCUACCAGGUGUUAAUGAUGCUUAUUUAUACGCUGGUUUGUGGAAAGCAACGUUUGCCUGGCAUCUAGAAGAUCAAGAUCUAUAUUCGAUCAACUACUUACACUUUGGUGCACCUAAGCAAUGGUAUUCCAUUUCACAAGCAGAUUCGGGAAAGUUCUUUGAACUUAUGAAAGACACUUUCCCCGAGGAAUAUAGAAAUUGUCUGGAAUUCUUAAGACAUAAAACAUUUCUUGUGUCACCUCAGUUUUUAGCAAAGAAUGGCAUAAAUUGUAAUAACAUAAUACAUAAUGAGGGUGAAUUUAUAAUAACGUAUCCCUAUGGAUAUCAUGCUGGCUUUAAUUAUGGGUAUAAUUUGGCCGAGUCCGUUAAUUUUGCUCUAGAUAACUGGUUCCCAUAUGGAGAGGUAACUAAGAAAUGUGAAUGUAUAAGUGACUCGGUAGGUAUUAAUGUUCAACAGUUAUACUGCAAGUAUAAAGGAAUCCCUUAUGAGUAUGUACAAGAGCAAGAGGAAAUAGAAUCAGAUAGUGGUAAUCAAUCUGAAGAACAAAAAACCAUAUUGUCACAGGGCAAGAAAAAGAAUGUAAAUAAAAAACAAAUUAAACCUGAUCCUAUGAUGCAACAAGUUAAGAAACCUGAAUAUGAAUGUUAUUUAUGCCCCAAUAACUUACCGAAAAAGUUGACUAAGUCUGAUCAAUUUCAAUUAUUAGAUACUGAUUUAAAGGAUAAGAAAACGCUGAAUGUAUACAGAGUCCAUAGAAUAUGUGCUCAAAUGUUUACUAACGAGCUUGAAAUUAAUAAUGAUAAGCAUACAGUAAGAGGACUAGAACAGAUUUCCACAGCACAAAAGAAUUUAAAAUGUGUGGUUUGUGAUUCUAAUUCCCCUAAGAGUAAAAAACCAUCACAUGGGGCAUGUUUCCAAUGCAAGCAUUCAAAGUGUUUGAGAGCUUUCCAUGGUACUUGUGGCCUAGGGGGUGGUGGUUUAUACGAUUUCUCGGGUGCCAGUAUGGUAUGCAAAUACCAUAGACUAAAGAAAUCCCAAGGAAACGAGAGGGAACAAGAAUCAAAAAUAUCAGAAAUACCGUUGGACUCUCUAACUCAAUUUACUAUAUCUUUGCCGGAUACUUCUCAUCAGACUAAGGAAAUUUAUUGUGGAUAUGUGGUUUCGAAUAAUCCUGGGGAGAGUACUAUAGAGGUUGUUUCAUAUCCACAUUUAAAAGAAAGAAUCGAAAUAUCAUAUGAUGACAUAAUAGUAGGAAAUAGCGAAGUAAUUGAUAAUUCAUACUUCUGGAACUUGAAAAAAGCAAGACAAUCGAAACCUAAACCGAAGAAAAUAGAGUCUGCGCGUGUUAUUGAUGAUGAAAAGAUCACUGGUAUCAAAACAGACUCGCAGUUACGUUUGUUCAAAGAAGAUAAGUUUAUCACAGAAGUAUUGACACCUGAAUUUACUGCGCCAAAAGAACUCAAAGACGAAAGAUGCAGUAUAUUCUGGUACAACUUGCCUAGGAGCUCAACAGACCAAGUGGCUAGGUAUACUGAUAAUAUAAAAUCAUCAAUACCAAAUGAUACGAACUAUAUGAAAUAUCUUCAAAGAAAAAAAGGUAAGCAGCAUCCUUCAAUUUUAAUUGAUAAUCAAAAAAGAAAAUCUGAUAGCGGAAUAUUGUAUCAAGAUAAUAAAAAGGCGAAGAAUAUGGCCAACUUGCAGCCACUGAUACCUAUGUUCGUACCCGCAAACAAGAAUUAUACUCCUAAUCAACUGUUUGUACCCAACGUGCUAUAUAAUGGAUCUUUUGCACCACCAGAACAAUUUAUCUAUAGUCCACCACAUGGCCCGACACAAGGUGUGUUUUAUCACCGUCCUGGAGUAGAAACACCUGUGCCAAUGUUCAGGUCUAAUGGGGCCUUUAAGAACUAA